AUGCACACAAGAUCCAACUGCAACGUAACAAUUAGAUACCUAAUUUCGUUGCGUAACAGCCACAAAUAUAACACCGGUGAUAUGGGCGAACUCGCAGAUGGAGGGGUGAGGAAGGAAGGGGGGUUAUACGAGGAGGGAGAGGGGACAGAGCGUAGGAGGAGGGGAGGGGCACUCAUACGUUUCAAUUGCGGCGACGUGACCCGCGCCCUCGGUGUUGAUGUC